ACCUCUUAAUCAGGAAGAAUGACUGUAACAAAACCAAGAGACCUUUGCAUGAAAUCCGGAACAAGUGACAAGGCAAAAAUAAGGUAUGUUUGUGAUUUAAAAUACUUUUUACAGGAGAAAUUGAUACUCUCCUAGCUGCAGAUGCUACACUGAGAUACUUGUAGGUGGAAUAAUACGAUUUUCUUUUAGUGGUUUUUUUUUGGGGUGGGAGUUGUUUUUUUUUCUCUGUGCUGUAAGACAAAAAAUCAUUAACACACAAUGUGUUGUGGAACAUUUUAAGAGUACAUAGUACUUUCCCCCACUUUGCUAAUUAAGCCUGAAAUAAGUCUUGCAACCUCUGUUUUGAACUGGAUUAAAUAUGGAUAUGGGAUUCUGCAUUGGCUGUGCUGUGGGAUAGACAGUGAUGUGAGAAAGUCUGAAGUAUUUGCUAUUCUGUAUAAUUAGAUGACUCAUUUCCUGGGGAAUAAAAAUGCCCCUAGGGAUUUCAUAUUUUAAUCUCAAGAGAACCCCCUUAGUCUUCAGCUUGUCAGCUAUGACAGAGGCUAUCAAACACAGAGAAAUGUUCUGUACUGAGUGCAUCUUAAAUGAUUUUUAAGAGUUUUUAAAAUGAAUGCCAGAUGACAUGAAGAAAGAGUUGCUCUCACCAGUGUUAACAAAGCAUAAGAACUUGUACAAUUGGCACAGAAUACGUAUGUUUGAUGUACAGAGCAACUCGAGUCCUUUUCAGGUGCUGUCUCAUGGCAUGGUUCACUUUUAGAAAAGUUCUUUUACCUUGUUCCAUUUUCUGCCAAUUCUAGUUACUCAAGCAUCUUUAGAAGACUCGUAGUACUAACUUAUUUAAAACCUUUCACAUUUCUCUUGUCAUAGAACUUCCUGUAUUUAUUACUAUCCAGUACUCAAAGAAGGCUGGUAGUCUAGGUUUGUAUCCUUCUCUGCUUUUCACUUGGAAUGUCCAAAAAAGACAUGCGUUGGGUCAAAAGGAUCAAGAAUAGUUGAAAUAGCAAAACUCUUGGCAGAAACUCUUUUAUUUAUCUGGGAUUUCCACAUUUUGAAGGGUGGAUAGAUGGCUAAGUAUGACAGAUCCCUUUAAGAACUGUUUUUUGGGGGCAUUAUACAGUUUCAGACUUUGAAUUCUUUGCAUAUACCAUUAGUGUAAUGGGCAACUUUGGCUCCAAGUUCUUGUAUUUUGUCUUAAAUGCAUGAAUGUACUUGGCUGUAGAAACUGAAAAAGAAGUGGAGCAAAGUAAAUAUUCUGAGAUCAUCACAAAAAUGCCAUGGGACAGCAGCAUUUUGGUGGUAACAGGCAUUGCCCAAUAUAUUGUGUUUGUAUAUGGAACAAUCGGUUUUACAGUUUAAGACCAAAGCCGCUUUUAAUAGUGGGAGAUACCAGGUUGGAAACUGGAGUUUGUUGGGAAAGAUUAGAAUGUAGUAGUCAUAAGUUCUGUGCAGAGGCACUAGAGGACACCGCAGUAACAGGGAGUACUUUUAAACUUCCCUUCUUUGCCAGAACGUUGCUUUGCAUAUGCAUUAAUCUCCGUGUUGCAAGUUUGAAAAGUUGCCAUUCCACGAGGCUUCAGCAGAAGCAGACCAAAAUCUCAGAAAGGGUAUCAUCAUCUUUUGUUAAGAUGGAAAACUGCCUUCCUGGCAGUACUUAUGGAAUAAUCAGCUUAUCCACUGAAUCGUCCUUGAAUUCCUCCUUUUUUUUAUAAUGUCUUUUGUGAGGACAGGCCAGUAAUUCAAAGAGCAUAACUUAUUUUUAGGUUUAGUCAGGGCCUGAAAUAAACUGAGAAGGCUGAGCAGUGUUACGAUAAACAGGGAGUAAAACAGAGACAGGAAAUAGGGGGUCUUUGGUAAUGAAUUCCAGCCACUCUUGAAACAGAAAGCCAGGGAAGGCAUUACUUGGAAAUAGUUUCACAGUGACAGCUUAAUAAUUUUGGGUUGUUAUUCAGCGUUAAAAGUGAAUAGUUUCUGCAGAUUUAUACUGUUCUUGAAAGAUCCCUUUUAAAAGACCAUUUAGCAAGUUAUAUUUUUAAUGUUUUUGGAGUUACAUUGUUCUUGUUGCUAACCGAUCUGCUGUUUAAAAAAACCAGAUGUUUGGGGGAGAGUCUGAAGUUUAUACAGUUGUGCGUUAUGUAUACAUCUGUGAGAAGCGUUUGGGAUAAGGCUGUGGGACAGAGGCAGUAGAUUUAACUUGAAAUGUGUACACACGUUCAAGAAUUUAGAAGUAGAGGGGUUUAAAGGGGAAGAAGUCACAGCUAUAUCCUGUAGAACAAAGCAGCGCGCUUGCUUCCAAAAGUUUCUUUUAACCCUGGGAACGUGACUGCUGAGAUGGGCCCAAAGCAUGGAUGGUGAGAUUGAUAUUUACAAGCACUUCACGUGGCUAAAGCGGUCACAGGUGAAUCAUCAUUCAUCUACUAAUAAUGAAACCUAUCAAGAAAGAUUGGCACGAUUAGAAGGUGAUAAAGAGUCUCUCAUACUGCAGGUGAGCGUUCUUACAGACCAGGUAGAAGCUCAAGGAGAGAAAAUACGGGACUUAGAAAUCUGUCUUGAGGGGCAUCAGUUGAAACUGAAUGCUACAGAAGAAAUGCUUCAACAGGAGCUGCUAAGUCGAACAUCGCUAGAGACUCAGAAAUUAGAUUUAAUGGCUGAAGUUUCAGACUUGAAGAUUAAGCUGGUUGGUAUGGAAAAGGAACAGAGUGAAUACGAAGAGAAACAGAACAAAGCUGAGUCAGUAGUGAACCUGAUAAGUGAGCUACAGGAGCAGAUGUGUAGACUGCAGCUGGAAAUUAAUAGUAGAAUCCAAGAAAGAAAAUCCCAAGAUAGGAAAUCCAGUGUGACACCUAAUGGUCCUCAGUCUAGCCCAAGAUCAGUGGUAGAGACACUCGGCCAGAAGAAUUGCUCUCAGUGUGAUGGUUUGCUACAGGAACUCAGACACCUCAAAAUUAAAGUGGAAGAACUGGAAAAUGAAAGAAAUCAAUAUGAGUGGAAAUUAAAAGCAACAAAAGCUGAGAUAGCCCAGCUCCAGGAGCAAUUAGCUCUCAAAGAUGCAGAAAUUGAACGCUUGCAAUGUCAGCUAUCUAGGACCUCAUCACAUAGCGAAGUUGCAGAAAGAGAGGAAGUUUAUAAGAGAAGGCUAAAAGAAAAACGUAAGCCUUGCAAUUCACUUGUGGCUUUUUCUCACUGUUCCUUCCACACAAAUGAUCAAGAAGUACAACGGUUGAAGAUAGGAAUGGAAUCGUUAUUGGCUGCAAAUGAAGAAAAGGACCGUCGAAUAGAGGAGUUAACGCUACUACUAAGCCAGUACAGGAGGGUCAAGGAGAUAAUGAUUGCAGCUCAAGGCUCUUCUGACAGAAUUGUCUCUGGUGGCAGUGAAGAGGAACUCGAGGCAACUCUGAGGAAGCUGAAUGUUUUGAGUAAUCCUCAAGGAGAAUUAUUUAAAGCAGAGGCCUCAUCAGGAGAAUUGUCACCAGCUCUGCUAUCUCCAGUGACGCACAAAACUACGGAAAUCAGGGUUCCACAGAAAAAAAAGUCAAGUAGCUUAGAAGACUUGCAGAGUGAAUCGCUGGAAAAGUAUGUAGAUGGAAAACCAGUACAGCCUGUUGUAGAACAAGAGAGUAAGCCACUUGUGAAAGGCAGCAAAUAUCAAACUUUGCCAGGAAAACUUCCUCGACCCACACAGAAUGGAGACCAGGGAACAUAUAAUGAGACAAAUUCACCCCACAUGAAUGACACUGAGGACAGCAGCAUCCUGGGCCUGAGAGAAACAGAGAACACGGACGGUACAGUAGUUUCAGAUGAUCUUUCACCUCUUUCUUCGGGAACGGAUUCAGGUCCACAGUCUCCACUGUCUCUAGAAAACAGAAAGAGUCCAAAAGGGAUCAAGAAAAUCUGGGGAAAAAUAAGAAGAACUCAGUCUGGCAACUUCCCUGCAGACGAUCUGGGUUUGGCAGAGUUUCGAAGGGGCGGUCUCCGUGCAACAGCUGGACCUCGGCUAUCCAGAUCAAAGGAAACCAAAGGCCAGAAAAAUGACUACAAUGCUCCAUUUGCUCAGUGGAGUACUGAAAGAGUCUGUAACUGGCUUGAGGACUUCGGUCUUGGGCAGUAUGUCAUUUUUGCCCGGCAAUGGGUGACUUCAGGCCAUACACUGUUAACUGCAACACCUCAGGACAUGGAAAAGGAAAUGGGAAUAAAGCACCCACUGCACAGGAAGAAAUUAGUUUUGGCCAUUAAAUCAAUAAGCACAAAACAAGAUGAGAAGUCUGCACAACUUGAUCAUAUCUGGGUGACACGCUGGCUUGAUGAUAUUGGUUUACCUCAGUACAAAGACCAGUUUCAUGAGUCCAGAGUUGAUGGGAGAAUGUUGCAGUACUUAACUGUGAAUGACCUUCUCUUUCUGAAAGUCACCAGUCAGCUGCAUCAUCUGAGUAUUAAGUGUGCCAUUCAUGUGCUGCACAUAAACAAUUUUAACCCCCACUGUCUACGCAGACGACCAGUUGAGGAGGUAAAAAGCAACGUUCCACCUUCUGAAGUAGUGCAGUGGUCCAAUCACAGAGUGAUGGAAUGGCUCAGAUCAGUUGAUUUGGCAGAAUAUGCACCAAACCUCCGAGGAAGUGGAGUGCACGGUGGCCUCAUUAUUCUCGAACCCCGCUUCAACGGUGACACACUGGCAAUGCUGCUGAAUAUUCCACCUCAGAAGACCCUACUGCGACGCCACCUAACAACUAAUUUUAAUGUAUUAAUUGGACCAGAGACACAGCAAGAAAAAAGGGACAUAACAGAGUCAACAGCAUACACACCUCUGACCACCACUGCCAAAGUUCGGCCAAAGAAACUUGGAUUUUCACAUUUUGGAAAUCUAAGAAAAAAGAAAUUUGAUGAAUCAACGGACUAUGUUUGUCCUAUGGAUACAAACCCAGGUGCUACAAAUGGUACUCAGAAGAACUACACUGGAUACAAAGGCCUUAGUCCACUCACUGAUAGGGAACUGGAUCAGAUGGAACACUCAGAAGGAACAGUAAAGCAAAUAGGGGCUUUUUCUCAAGGCAUAAGCAAUCUUACGGUAUGUACCAAUUUUAUUCCUUUUGAAGUCACUAAUGUAUUCUGCUACAACUCAGUGAAAUUUGGGUGUUGCUGGUGGUGGUGAAGAGUAAGUGGGUCACUAUUCUCGUUAUGCACCUCCUCAUAGCCUGGUUGCACAUGAAUGCUCCAAAAAAAACCACCCCCAAAAUCCCUUACACUAGAAAUUAAGUCUCACUUCAGCAGCUUCUACGUUUUCACCAAUGCUAUCUCUGUGACACAGUGAGAGGCAUCUCUCCCAAAGACUGGCAAAGAGGUAAGACUUGAAGAUGUAUGAGAGAGAAAAUAUCAGGGGGAAAUAAAUCACUGCAUACUCCUGACUCCAUGUUGGUUGAUUUUUUUUAAUUAGUUAAUUAGCUGCAGAUGUAUGAACAAUGCCACACAUCUGUGUGAAAAUUUCUACUUUGGCUAUUUAAAGCAGCCAUUCAGGAGAUUCCUUCUAAUUUUAUGUGGCUCUGACCCCCUCUGUUGUGAAUCUGAUCUCAUUACAGUUGGAUUUCUCUAACUAAACUAUAGGCCUCUGACUAUGUCUGCUUGUUUUAAUAUUGCUGUGAUUUUUUUCAGACAAUGUUAAGCCAAGAUGAAAUGCUAAAUGACAGCAGAUUUUUAACACCUACCUUAGAAGACUGGAGAUGAUAUUUCAGCAUGACCAAGACCACUAAUACCUCAUGCCUGCCUGGGGCGGGCCAGGAGAAGCCUGAUGCUGUGGUACAGAAAAGCUUUACCUCUUUUCCUCUAGUGACACAUACCACGUAGUAAUUAGUAUUGCUAGCAGAGCAACACUUCACAGGUAACUCUCCUCUGCACUGCUUUCCUUAUAAUGUAAUGUCAAAGAGGUGCUGAAAGAAGUGCUACACAAUUGUUUUUUAUGCAGAGUCUGGAAAGCCAGUAUGUUUUACCCGUAUAUUUUAUCAUCUUUUACAUGGUAUGUUUAUGUACUGUUAUAAAAGACUUUUUCUAUUUUUUUUAUUUUUAUAAUUAAGUUGCAAUGGAGGUAUCACUAAUAUUCUAUUAUAGCACAUGGACUAAUCAGAGCCACCUAGCAGUUCAGACAGGUGCUGGCAAGGCUCGCCAUUACUGCAGUCACACCACAGGUACUUUCCCAUAAAAGGAUUUUCAUCUCUCAUCCUUUUCAUUAGUAUGUGCCCUGCCCUUUUUUUUGUUGACCAAUAAGUGUGGUUUAGAAUAGGAAAAAUAGAAUGUAAUAGUAUCCACCAAGCCCUUGCAGGAGGGUGACAAUCAAGAUGGCUUGUUCACAAAUCUUUUAGCUAACUCAAAGAGCAAUCAAAAUAACUGAUGUAAGAGAGAACUAAAAUACUACGAUGAUGCUUGCUGUACUGUGCAACAGAAUUUCCAGCGUGAUUGCUUUAAAUUGUAGGCCUUCAAGUUGAACUGUUGAUAGGACUUUUUCUGUGCUUUCCUGUUUUGUCUAAAAUGAUUAGUACUGCUUACACGUGCAAGCAUCAGGGUGCUCAUAAGCCUUCUGAACAACCCACAUGGUUCAGAGAGAACACUCAGCAUAAUACCUGGUUGGUAUAAGAUGCAGCACAGGUUUUCAGGAAGACAAAGAAAGAUUAUAAAACUAUUUUCUUUUCCACUGUUACAGCUAAUUAAACAUAUGCCUGCAAACAGCCUUCAGUACUGGAGCUGGUAGCAUAUAACAUGAGAACUGCUCAUGUUAUUUUACACUUUCAGUUCUCCUUUCAUUCCAGCUACAGGCAGAUUUUUAUGUAGUAUUUUAUUUAGCAGUGGGAGAUCUACACUACUGCUCUGUCACAUGUAAAACAUGACUAGGGCACAUCAAGCAAGUACUGUAGUACAACAAACUUUUCUUUCAAACACCUGACAAAUCUGUAGCUAUCGUAUGGAGGUAGGUAAGACAGCAGUACUGUAACAGAGGGAAACACAGCUUGUGACUACUUACACGAGGGGCAGUUCAAAGGUGAAAGUGUCGUUCACAGCUGCAACUGCUUGUGGACUCUGAUAGCACAUGCCUUUUAUAUAUUAAUAAGGUACUAACAAAGUCUCUUAUACAGAGAAAUGCCAGAAAAGAAGUCUGUCCAACUGUAAAGAAAAGGCUUUCUGUGGAUAUGCAUGGUUUGCAUUACUCCCUCCUUUCUGGCUACAAGAUGUUGGUUUAUCUAUUAAUUUAAGCCCAAGGGUGGGCUACUCCUAGCCACAAUCCUUCCAAAAUAAAUGGGAAAUCUCAGGUGCUGUCCAGAAUAUGUAGCAAGGGCUCUUGGAGAGCUGUCUGAGCCUCACUUCAUGAGACCCUCAUAACCUUGCACUCUAUCAUCACAUUUUAAAAUCUAAACAUGAUUCAGAUGUUCAAAAUGUUAAAAUUAAGGCUGAUUUUUUUUUUUCAGUCACUGAAGAAUUAAAUAAAUAAAAAUUCAAAGGAAUGACAGAUGAGCCUGUACAUGAACAAACUAAACAUGCCUGUCAAGUACCCCUCUGAUCUGGCAAUGUGGUAGUGCAGUCAGCACUACUGCCCACAUCAUAUACUAACAGACACGUGAAAUACCUGUCAUGUUAACUGAUCAGAUUCAUCCUAGUCAUAAUACUGUAAUAACUGCUCUGGCACAGAUAGCCUUAGUAUCACUGAGCUAUUCCAAGCAGCUUUCCAUUUUCUUUUGAGGAUGUACUUAUAACUCACUGUAGUGUUGUGCUAAGCUGGAUGUGAAUAUUCAAUCUACGUUAUCUUCUUUUUUAAUAUAGUAAGAAACCCUAGUUAUAACACAGGCAUACAUGCUUACACCUUUGACUGUUAUGAAUAAAUUCUGAAUAUUCUAUUA